AUGGUUACGAGCUUCGCUGGGAAGGUUGAUUAUCAACUAUUAGCUCUUAGGUUGUACAACAAAGUAGCGGAUGCUGUUGAAGCUGUGCUCACCUCAGUGCCUGAGCCCCAUCCAGCUCCUUAUCAUUACACUCUUGUGGCCAUCAUCGAGUCGGUUGUCCUUGAGCCCUAUAGGGACAGGAUCUGCGACAUUGAGGGCUCUCUAUUACAACAUGAUGGGCUUCUGCCAGUCACUUAUCUGGUCGCUCAACUUCGCGAUCAAACCAUCCUUCUCACGUUCUUUUCUGACCUUCUUGACGAGGCACAGUCAGUACGGGGCUGCAUCCUGCUUAAUCUCCUCUGGUCGCGCUACCAUGCCUUGCCUGAGUGUUCACCGAUUCGCCGUCCUCUCGGGUUCUGUCUCGACGCACUUGGUGAACUCUUCUCAUCAAUGUUGUCCAAAUGGGUCUCGUUCGGACAAGUCCCUAUGAUGCCUGAUGUCUUCUUUAUCACACCUAUCAGCAAAGACUACUCGGUUGUGGAGACGGAGUCCGCUAGCUCUAGUGCAGUUGAGAUUGAUCAACAGCUUAUCCCGAAGGGAAUAAUUAGUUCCUCUCUGGCCGAGAAGAUACUUCUCUGUGGCUCUGCUGUUAGGGUCCUUGGUUUGUGCGAUACCACAGACGACACGAACAAGAAUGCUGAGAACUUGAGUCGGCUAAGGCAAUUGAAUGUACUUUUCGAUGGAGAUGAUCCGAACUCUAAGAUGACAUCUCCUGGCUGCAUACGUUACAUAGAGCGAAGUGUCGAACGGGCUCGAGGAUUUCUCAAUGGGUGGCUACGCGGAACGGUGUCACCCACACUAUUGGAGCAUUUAUCGGCUGUGAGGGGCCUCUAUCUGUUGGGGGAUGGAGGCUUCUGGCAAACCUUCUUGGAAGAGUGUGCCGAGCUCACCGUAACUCGUAAAGGAAAUGUCACUGAGUGA